CUGAAAUUAACAAUAAAAAAUAUAUCAUAUCAAGAGAAACUUUCAGCGUCGAGUGACUACACUCGUGGUAUUACUCAGCGUGAAAGUGUUGGUUAUUGGUUACGGGAAACGAUCGCUGCCAAACAUCUCAAGUUACCGGCGUCCGGUAAAAAACGAAUUUUAUUUCACUUGUUGACUGGUAAUCUUGUUGAUGCAGUCGACGAAGCUGUCAACAUAAAUCUUCCUUUGCUGGCAGUCGCUAUGUCAUCCUUUUUGGAAACCGAUCGAACAACAUACCGACGCCAGGUAGAAUCGUGGAUACAGUCACAAUCAGCUGAAUACAUCGAUGAGGACUUGCUGCGAAUUUAUAUGAUAAUGGCGGGCGUAAUGCAUGUGAAACUGAAAUCGAAGUCGAUAUUCGUUUGUGAUGGUCUCAACUGGAUGAGGGCGUUAGGUGCAUUCGUGUGGUAUUAUGAUUCAUAUGAUGCAAUGUUGAAAGAAGUUUUGGUAGCGUUUGAAGAGGAUAUCCAACAACGAAAUUGUGCCGAGUCGAUUGGCAAUAAUGUUUUCUAUGAGUUGAUGAAAUUAGCUGCGGAACGAUCGCACCCA